AUGGCAGCAACAGCCUGUUCCACCUCGGUCACACCUGGCGGUGGAAGCAGCACUCUGGGUGACGGAGGAGGUGGCGGUGGAGGUAUCAACACGACGCAGGGAGGCGCUGGUGGCAGCGGGGGUGGUAGCAGUAGUAGCGGCAGCAAACGUUCUCGACUGAAUCUAGAAUCCAAAUGCUCGUCGCUGCGGAAACACCUGAGUAAGUCGGCCUCGGAGCUGAGCUGCAACGACUGCGGCGGUUCGGGUGACUCCCCGCAAUCCUCACCCCAGCGUGCGCGGUCCGCCAACGUGCCCACAAUCCCGGCCGGUGUCAUCCAACGGACGCACGGUUUCUUCAACACCCUGCGGCACCGGUGGUCACGAGGACGCAGCAAGGAACGACUCCGCGGGUCGCUUGGCCAGGAACUCGAGGGUCGCCGGGACAGCCAGAGUGAUUACGCGGCCGAUAACAGCUCGGCAGAGCACAGCAGUUCGGCUGCGACACCGCACCAAUCACCGAGACACCGCGCUCAGACCCUGGGGGAUUCGCCCUUGGUCAAGGUCACGGACAAGAAUGCAACGAUGAGCGGCUCGAGCGCGACAGGACAGGAGGGCUCGUCCACGUCCGGUGUGGCCGCAAGUGUGCUGAAGGUCCUGACGACGACGAAGGUGGACGUUGAGCCGAGCGCUGCGGCAGGACCGAGCGGUUUAGGACACGCGCUCACGUUGGGAGGACUCGCGAAGGUUUCGGAGAUCGCGGGACCCAGUGGAACGUCCGUGGGAGCUGUGUUGAGCCCGGCGGAUGAGCAACAGCGAAGGCGUGAAGCGCAGUUGAGACAGCAUUCGUUCUUCCAGCUUCGGGUGCACCUGAUCAGUGGCCAUGGGCUUGUGGCGAUGGACAAGAGUGGUACGAGCGAUCCGUACGUGAAGUUUAAGGUCGGUGGUCGGUUGCUGUACAAAUCAAAGACGGUCCACAAGGACCUCAACCCGCUGUGGGACGAAACGUUCGUCGUACCGGUGGAGGAUCCUUUUCAGCCGAUCGUUAUUAAGGUGUUCGACUAUGACUGGGGGCUGCAGGAUGACUUCAUGGGCUCGGCCAAGCUGUACCUCAGCUCACUGGAGCUAAAUCGGGCCGAGGAACUGACGAUAAAGCUCGAGGAUGCUCAGCGUGCCUCGAAGGACCUCGGCGAGCUGAAGCUUGGCGUCACGCUGUGGCCCAAAACGCAAGAGGACAAGGAGCAAUACUUUCAGCGCAACCCGAAGCUGGCCGAUGCGUCACGCCGGCUCAAGUCGCAGAUCUGGAGCUCGGUCGUCACGAUCGUGCUGAUCGAGGCGAAAGGACUCCCGCCGGACGCUGAGAAUGGGUUGAACGAUAUCUACGUUAGGUUUAGGUUAGGGAACGAGAAAUACAAAUCAAAGGCCUCAUACCGUGCCCGGUGGCUUGAGCAGUUCGAUCUGCACCUCUUCGACGACGACCAACUGCUGGAGCUGAUCGUAUGUGGGAAGUACAACACCUACGGCAAGUGUACGAUCGACCUGCGCAGUUUACCCCGCGAACGCACCCACGGCCUUUGGCAACCGCUCGAGGAAUGUCCCGGCGAAGUCCACCUAAUGCUGACGAUCAGCGGGACGACGGCUUCCGAAACCAUCACCGACCUGACGGCGUACAAAGAGGACUCGAAGGAGCGCGCUCUCACCCAGAGCCGUUACAUUUGGCACAAAUCGCUUCAGAACAUGCGCGACAUCGGCCACCUCACGGUGAAGGUGUUUGGUGCGACGGGCCUAGCGGCGGCUGAUAUCGGUGGAAAAUCGGAUCCGUUCGUCGUGCUGGAACUGAUCAACGCCCGGUUGCAAACGCAAACCGAGUACAAGACGCUUACGCCAAACUGGAACAAAAUUUUCACCUUCAACGUGAAAGACAUGUCCUCGGUGCUGGAAAUCACCGUCUACGACGAGGAUCGUGACCACAAGGUGGAGUUUCUCGGUAAGGUCGUCAUACCGCUGCUGCGGAUGCGAAACGGUGAAAAGCGCUGGUACGCGCUGAAGGACAAAAAGAUGUACUCGCGCGCGAAAGGAACCCAACCGCAGAUCCUGCUCGAGAUGACGGUCGUGUGGAACAAACUGCGGGCGGCCCUGCGUGUGCUCGAACCGAAGGAAGAGAAGCUCGUCCAGCAGGAGGCAAAGUUCAAGCGGCAGCUGUUUCUGCGCAACGUGACCCGCCUGAAAGCGGUCAUCAUGUACUUCAUCGAGGUUGGACAGUUUGUGCAGAGCUGCUUCGAAUGGGAAUCCCCGAUACGGUCAUUUAUUGCGCUCGUUUUAUGGGUCUGCGGAUGCAUCUGGUUCGAUAUCUCCACCAUACCGGCCGUGGCGUUGCUGUACCUUCUCAAAAACUGGCUCAUUCGAUGGCUCACCGGCAGCUCGUCUCAGUCUACGGCCGACGAGUACGACGUGGCGAGCGACGACGAGGACGAAGAGGAUAAGGAAAAGGAGGAAAAGAAAACAAUCAAGGAGCGGUUGCAAGCCAUACAGGAGGUAUCGCAGAGUGUUCAGAACACCAUCGGCUUCCUGGCGUCGCUUGGAGAAAGCGUUAAAAACACAUUUAACUUCUCCGUACCCGAGCUGAGCUGGUUGACGGCGUUGUUGCUGCUAGCGGCCUGUCUAGUGCUGCAUUACGUACCGAUCCGUGUGUUGCUGCUGCUUUGGGGGUUGGUUAAGUUUAGUAGGCGGAUAAUUCGACCCCACAGCGUCCCAAACAACGAGGUGCUCGAUCUGCUGUCCCGUGUGCCCGACGACGAGGAGAUUAUCAUGUGGCGCGAACUGCCGCUUCACUCGACACCGGAACUGGCCCGGCGGGAUCCGCGAAAGAAGCAUAAAGCUUCGUAA